UCUCUGCAUUCCCAACUUCCGGCUGGUCUUAAUUCCGCUUCCUGUCUGACAGUGGCGUCUGCGCUGAGGGUCACAUUGAGGUGCUUGCUGCUCCAGGGGCGUAUUUAGGAGUCAGCACCAUGGCAGACGACAUCCACACCAAAAUCAAGAACUACAAGACUGCUCCUUUUGACAGCCGCUUCCCCAAUCAGAACCAGACCAGGAACUGCUGGCAGAACUACCUGGACUAUCACCGCUGCCAGAAAGCAAUGACCGCAAAAGGGGGUGAUGUCUCUGUGUGCGAGUGGUACCGGCGAGUGUACAAGUCCCUCUGCCCCAUAUCCUGGGUCACAGCCUGGGACGAACGCCGAGCUGAAGGCACGUUUCCUGGCAAGAUCUGAACUGGCUCCACCUGCUUCUCUGUCCUUUGUUCUUCUCCCGGUGGUAAAGGGGGACCUGGGUACAUGAUGGUCCUGCCUUGGGACCCUGAAUCAUGACUUAACAAUAAAAACUCAGUGGAAAAGUGUAAA